AUGGCGCCCGCCUCUGCUAACAGCCCCACCGCCCCAGGAGAUGGUCCAAGUCGAAACCUCUCCAACUCAUCUCGACCACGAACACCUCCUUCUUCUUCUUCAGCUAAGAUCCGGAUUCAAGAAGCUUCUCCACCGCCGAGGACCACGCCUGGAAAGAAUGGUUCACCUCCAUACAAGAGCUAUAUCAACUUUCUCUCCAAUACAAACGAUGACUGGAAAGCAGAUGAGGACGACAUGAUGGGCUACGAGGAUGACGAUGGGGAUGACUUUGGUUUGCCAAGUUUGUCGAGUAUGAAGAGAAGAACACGGCGCAUCGCCACACAGAACAAGGCCGAAUCAAGCACAUUAUCACCGACAACAGAAGGGCCUCCUAAUGCUCUCUCGGCGAGACGAUACUCAAAUAGUGCCGACAUCGCAAUAGAGCGACCGGCGCCCACAUAUCCCAUGCCCAAAAAGAGUGAGGGGAAGAUUCUUCGGCCUCAGUAUAAAGAAAUCUUAAAAGACCCCGCCAACGCUCUGCAUCUCAUCAACUAUCCUACGGUUCCUGCCAAUGCCACUCCCAAGGAAGCCGAUGCCAUAAACUCCCGAAUUACACGUAUUAAUAAGUUUAAGAAGCUCUUACAAGCGUCCACUAUUUCACUGCCUGACUUGAGGUCACUCGCCUGGUCUGGUGUACCACAAGAGGUGCGCGCCAUUACCUGGCAACUCCUCCUCAGCUAUCUUCCUGCGAACAGUGAGCGCCGGGUCGCCACCUUGGAGAGAAAACGGAAGGAAUACUUGGAUGGUGUACGACAGGCAUUCGAGAGAGGAGGAAACGCCGCGACCACUGCAGCCAACACAGCCCCAGCCGGCCGAACAAGGGGCCUUGACGAGGCCAUCUGGCAUCAAAUCAGCAUCGAUGCACCCCGGACAAACCCGCAUAUUGAGCUGUACAGCUAUGAAGCUACGCAGCGAUCACUUGAGCGCAUUCUGUAUGUGUGGGCUGUUCGACAUCCUGCCAGUGGCUAUGUGCAGGGCAUCAACGACCUUGUAACGCCUUUUUGGCAAGUCUUUUUAGGAAUUUAUAUUGGAGAUCCUGAUAUCGAGUCUGGAAUGGACCCAGGACAGCUCCCAAAGUCCGUGUUAGACGCGGUGGAGGCCGAUUCCUUUUGGUGUCUGACAAAGCUUCUCGAUGGUAUCCAGGACCACUAUAUCGUGGCGCAACCAGGGAUUCAACGCCAGGUAGCUGCUCUCCGUGAUUUAACAGCACGUAUAGACGGCAACCUGUCCAAGCAUUUGGAAAAAGAAGGCAUCGAGUUCAUACAGUUUAGUUUCCGUUGGAUGAACUGUCUCUUGAUGCGUGAGAUCAGCGUCAAAAACACAGUUCGCAUGUGGGACACUUAUCUGGCUGAAGAGCAAGGAUUUUCCGAGUUCCAUCUAUAUGUGUGUGCGGCCUUCCUUGUGAAAUGGUCAGAUAAGCUCCUGAGCAUGGACUUUCAGGAGAUCAUGAUGUUCCUCCAAAGCCUUCCCACUAAGGAUUGGACGGAGAAGGACAUUGAGCUACUCCUGAGUGAAGCUUUCAUUUGGCAGUCCCUUUUCAAGGGCUCUGCCGCACACCUAAAAGGCCAACCGGCCCGCGAACCUGUUACCAACCUACAGCUGUGA